UAUCACUACGUUUUACUCUGUGACAAUAUGUCGGCCAGUGAAAUGUGUUUGUCAACAUUCAACAUUCAAUCGAUCCAAAUUUUUGUCACUUUUUCAAUAUUAAAUUGCCACGCGAAGUGAUUAUAUUAGUGAAUGUUAUACCUAAAAGCUAUAAUACAUUUUUUCUAUAAUAUUAAUAUAAACAUUGAAAUACGUUACGUUCACAAACCCGACCAACUGGUACACAUAUGUGACUAAUUGCGUAUAAUUAAUAAAGUAUUCAUAUUUCCUACUGGUUCUCAAUCAAGUGUUUUUUUAUUAUCAAAAAACAACUCUGUGAAUUGAAAAUUGAAGCUAAAGUUAUGUGUGGUGCGUUGGAAUUUAGGAAAAAAAGUGCCGCAUUGAAGUAAUUGUAUACACUGCGAUAUGCUUUGCGUUUCUAUAAAAAUCAAUAUUAUGCAGUGGUUACUUAAGUGCAUUUAGGUUGCAUUAAAUGACCUAAAAUCGUUCGCUAAUCGAUUAUAAUGUAGAAUUGUGAUGAGUUUAUGUUCUAAACUCGUUUAAAAAUGAUGGAAGGAUUACUAGCACAGCGAGUUACGCCUUUAUUGAAAUGUAUGGUGUUAUUCAUGUUUAUAUUCACGGCAAAAGUACUGACGUCGAGACCGCACGAGUCCCAGGACUUCAGAAACAGUAUACACCACCAAAAGCCGGCGCAUUAUGUAAGAACAUUCACUAAAUACCAUCACAGGCGAACUAUACAAUGGAACAAUCAAGACUCUACAUACUGGCCGUUAACACAAGACCAGCCGAAGCUAAUCGCCAAGAGAAGUGUAGACAUUCUAAAUUCAAAUGAUUUUCUAACUACCUCAGAGGAUGAACGCGAUUUUAAUCAGAUGGCAUCUGAAUCUGUUAGAGAGAACAUUAUUACAGACAAAACUGCAAUAAAUUCAGGGAAAGAGCAGAAUUCAUUAAGUAAUGAAGUUAAGAAGACCAAAGUUAAGUCAGCCACUGUUGCGACAGAGAAGCCCACCGUCCCCAGCUCAACCAUAACAUGUCUAUAUAAGAUUGAGAGUGUAGCAAUGAGUGUAACACCAGUGUCCUACAAAGAUGACCAAAAUGCCCAGCUUGUGGUUGAAAAUGAAAUUUUUGAUACAGGCAUUCUGUCAGAGACAAUACUUCCAAGUGGUGAGGUGGUGCAGGUGGAACAGUGCACUGAUCCCAAAGCUUACUGCUAUACUCUGUGGAACCAUGACAAUGAGGGCAAUAUCACUGUACUGGGGCAAGGUUGUUGGCGCUACUCUCAACCAGAGGGCCGCAACAGUUGUGACAAGUGUACUCGUGUGACGUCGAAACUGUUAGCGGGCGUCUUUUGUUGCUGUAGCAAGAGUUUCUGCAAUGCUGACUUCACGUCCCUCAAAGAGGAGACAGUGACAAUAAAGGCUGAGUCAACAAUGGAAAGUGCCACGCACACCAACUACUCGAGCGUCGUGGCGUCCGCUAUCUUGGCGCUGGUCGCCGUGUUGUUGGUCGCCAUAGUGUUUAGAAGAGUCUACUGCAAGCGGGUUGACCUUGAUAAGGACGAUCUUAGCGAUGGCGUCGAUUUGGAGAAAGGUGAAAUUAUGGGCAGCGGACCGGACGCGCUCGCUACCGGUUUACUGUGUGUCGAUAACUUGACCCUCAUAGAGCAUAUUGGUCAGGGCAAGUUCGGAUCAGUGUGGCGCGGAAGCUUGGGCGCUACACCCGUGGCGGUGAAGCUCUACUCGAGUCCCUCGGCGUGGCACAAGGAGGCCUCCGUGUACGCCAUACCGCACCUCGCGCACCCCAACAUACUGCGCUACUACGGCAGCGACAGCCGCGCAUCGCUCAUGGAGGCGGGCGGGCGCUCGCAGCUGGUGGUGCUGGAGCUGUGCGGCGAGUCGCUGCGCCGCCGGCUGCAGAGGGCGCCGCUGUCGUGGCAGCAGUUCGCGGCGCUCGCGCACGGCCUGGCCGCUGCGCUGGCGCACCUGCACACACCCGGUGAGUGCUCCGCAGCGAAGCCGUGCGUGGUGCACCGCGACGUGAACAGCGGCAACGUGCUGGUGGCGGCCGACGGCUCUGCGCGCCUCGCCGACCUGGGGCUGGCGCAGGCGCUGCUGCCCAGGCGGGAGCACACCGCGCCCAGUCGGAUCACUGAAGCGGGUACACUUCGGUACCUGUCACCGGAGGCUCUGGAGGGCGCUCUGGACCUGAGCGGCGCCCGGGCGGCUCUGUGCGCCGUGGACGUGUUCGCGCUGGGGCUGGUGCUGUGGGAGAUGCUGUGGCGCUGCGAGGGGGCGCACGCGAGGGUGCCGUCCUACGCGCCCCCCUACCACCACCACGGGAUACCGCAGAAACCGUCGCUGACUCAGAUGCAGACGCUGGUGUCUCGGAACAAGUCUCGUCCGCCGCUGCCCAAGGGGCCCGUGCCGGAGCAGCGCGCGCUGAAGAUAGCGUGCGACACGUGCGACGAGUGCUGGGACCACGACGCGGAGGCCAGAUUAACAGCAGUCUGCGUGGAAGAGAGAAUGGCUGAGCUGAAAAUUAUGCUACAGACCCAGGGGCCUGUGAUACACGACAACUUGCAUCCACACCGGCCCGCAACGUCGGAAAGUCCACCGCCUGUGGAGACAGAUAAAAACUCCAACUGCACACUACAACAGAACGGUGACGUCACCACCCCCCUCCUGUACCCCGACCCGCACAUAGGCAGGAACGUGUGUAUAGAACGAAACACCAACACAAACACACAGAUGCACACAGUCGAACUCAUACACAAAAGCAUCAAAGACAUACCAACACCAGAGUCCCGGCUGCAUAACGUAGAACAAAAUGUCUUAUCUGUUACAAGACCCCACAGAGUACAAACUAGAGAGCUAUCCGACAGGUUAAACGAAAUCAGAUCGUACCAAAGGCCGCUAGACUAUAUACCCAAUGACGUAAGCUCGCACGAUAUAGACAGGGUUAAACAAACAAACUUACUCCAAGAAAAAGACAAACCGAAAUGGGGGAUACGGAAGUUUUUCGAGAAGAAACUUAAGCCCAAAGAAACUGAAGUGAAAUUGGAGCAAUCUAGUAACCCCACACAAAAUGGAAAGACAAAAACUUCUCUGGUCGACAAACAGAGUAACAUAAACUUUGAUAGACCCAGUAAUUUAGUUUUAAACGACGAUACUGCCUUCAACUUCGGUCCAGGCACAUUGUCUCCUCCAAACAAAACGCUAUCCCCUACAAUGAUAAUAGAAUCCGAAAUGAACACAGACAAAAUGUUCAAGGAAAUCCCCUCCCUAGAUGAAAGGAACCAAAUAUUCGCUGUAAUAGUUCCAAAAGUUAAACCGACCGAUCACAGUAAAACUUCCAAAGGCAGUUCGGAAAGUCUCAAACUGUCUGUUCGUACUUCGAUGUCUUCGCAGAGCAUUUUCAAAGCUGGCAGCUCUGAAUCUGAAGAUUCGACGAUCAAAAAGCGUUUGAGCUGCGACAAUAAGAUCAUAACCAAUACAAACAGCGGCAGAUCAUCUAGGGCCAGCAUAAACUUGGAACUCCAAUACAUAGACAACAGUCAAAACGAGAAUUUCAACGUCGAAAGUCCAUUCGACUUGAACUCUGACUGUUCGUCAUCCGAGGACGAGCAUUUAAUGUUGCUCUCUGAAAAUGGCGGAUCGAAAAUAACAAUGCAAGCGAUACCCAGAAACACAGACGAUAAGAAAAAGAACGAAGUCUUGAAAGAAGCGACACAAACUAAAACAGACUUCAGUUUUAACAAGUUUCACAACAAGUACACGAAUUUCAACAACGAAUUCAGCGAUCCGCAUGACAAAGAGAAUUUAGUUAACGGCUACAGCGGAGACAAUCCGGUAUAUUUAGCGGCGUUGAGCGGAGAAAUCGACGCUACGGAUCUGAAGCUAGUGCCGUCGGGAAGUACCGAAUCGGAAAAACCGAAAUCCCCGAAGCCAUCCCUAAAGUCACUGUCGAUAAAACGACAACACUCGCUUGAGCAAGUCAGUGAUAUAUUCUCGUCGUCUAGUGAUGUGAACUUACAAAAUCCGGCAGGGAGGGUCAAAACGCCCGGGGAUUUACCGGUGGCCGUCCGAAGGGCGAGGAGAGACCGCGCCCUACAAAAGGGACGAGCGAGUGAAUGUAAUAGACUGAGUCUUUAUGACGACAGAAUGAUGUUUGGUAAUAGUUUGUAAAUUUUAAAUCUAUUCGUGCAUACCCUUUCGAGCAAGUGCGAAAUAUGGAUUAUUUUUCUUUUUUAAAAGAAUAUUUGCCAUAUCUUUUUUUUUAACAUGACCAAUAUUCCCAUUCCCUUCCAACUAGUCGAGAAAGACUGUAUUAGGUGUGGGUACGACAAUAGACCAACGGGGCGGGGAUCGGACGACCACCCCUCGGUGAUGAAUCUGACUUCUCUUAGCGUUGAGCUAUUGAGGCUCUAAUUGCAUUGAUUGCAAUUUUAUUUAAAUUUCGGGAUAUACGAGAAUUACAGAUAAUUAAAUGCAAAACGGUUCGAUAUAUCGGUCUUACGAAUAAUUAUUAUUAGGGUUCGUAGAUUUCUAAAUGAAUAUAUUUUUAACGCAGCUUGUUUAAGCUGAAAAUGGAAAUACACGAUUCAUCGUAUACAUUUUUAAUCAGUAAUUUACAACUGGUUUUUAACAAAAACCGGCAAUAUAUUGUAUCGGAUUUCGCACAUGUUUGAGAGAGUCAUUUAUAAUUGUGAUAUUACUAAUCUCUUUAAAUUGCAUCUUGGUAGCAGAUUGAAUUCUCUUUGCAAAGGUUUUGUAACGAUUUUCUUAAAUGUUGAUAUAAUUUGUUUAUUAUAUAGAUAUGGAAUUGAAUUUAAUCUACUUGUGAAAAAAUCUUAAAAUAAUGUUAAAUAUCUUGUCCUUUUUUGGAAUUUCACAGUCUAUAUACUAUAAAUUCUAUAAAUUAUACAUUUUUUUUAAAUUAAUACAAAACCAUUUUCAAAAAGAUUUAAACUGUGUAUUUUCGUGUGUCAUUUUGCAUUGCAUUUAAGAUUGUGUAUAGUUGUGUAUGUUGGCUUUAUGAUAACACUAUAACUUACUUUCUAUUUGACGCUUAUCUGUCAAAUUAAGAAGUUUCUUGACAGUGAAAUGUCAAGAAUUAUAUAUACGUCACAGAGUAUUAACUUUCUAAAUUGAUGAAAUUUAUCGAAACUGUAUUUAUUACGAUACAUCACUACGAAUCUGUCAAAUAGAAAAUAAUAAUGGUGGAUGGCAUGUAAUUAUUAUUACCUUGGUCUUUUUGUCUUGAUUAUAUUAUACAUAGCUACUCGUUUCCGCUAAGAUAUUAUUAAUAAUAUUUAAUUACCAUAGACAAAUAGAAUCACUCGAAUUAAAAAAAUAACACGAUAAUCAUAGACAAAUAGAGAGGAGAUUGAAUGUAGUAUACGAUUUUUUACAUUUAUAGUAACUUAUUUUAUUAUUUGGUAAAGUAUUUUUUAUACAUAUUUUUUAUUUUUGUUAACUUGUUACUGAGCAUAUAAUUAUUACGUUAUUUUUUAAUAGAUAAAAAUAAGCAAUACAAAUAUGUCUAUUUGUCUAUGGUCUAUCUCUAUAUUAUUGUAAGAAAGGUGAGUCCAGAUCAUUUAGGUAUUCUAUAAAACAAUCUCUAUUGAAAAGUCAAAAUCUGUACCGAUUUGACAAUUGAUUUAGAAGCCAUGAUGAGAUGGCAGAUGAGAUAUGCCAUGUACACACUUGGCGUUUGUUAUUUUCUACAAGAACCUAACAAAUAUGUGUAAUUUUUUUUAGCAUACGCUAUUGCCAAAAUCUCUUGGUUCGCAAGGUUCAUAAUUUUUUCCGACUCCCCAUGAAAGUCAAAUACACAAAGCUUGAGCAGUAUGGUCUAAAAAUAAAUAUUUAGUUUCUGGGACCAAGAACUAUAAAAGAUGUUAACAGAAAUUCAGUACAAAAUAUACUUUUCUAACAAGUAUGUGUGACACACAGAUUUGUCAGCUUUUUACAGAAAAUAACAAAACAAGUUUGUUGUUACUUCCUUUCAAUGUGUAAAGUAAUAAGCUAUUAUAUUAAUUAUUAAUUAAUAUUAAUUAUUGUGACAAUUAAAUGUGUUUUAUCACAGUGCUCUAAUCUAAUAUUUCAACAAAAUUUCACUUGCAAAUUAUUUCCCUCAUUUGUAAAUUAUUUAUUUUUGCUUUAUUUUGAUGUUAUGUUAUAAAAUGUGGGCUUACCUUGUGUGUCAAGAAGUUAUCUGGAAUGUCAGCCAUGUAAGUUGAUAGCAUUGUAGUGUUAGAUUUGUCACAGAUUAUUAUAAGGUUUACUAUUAUUAUUAUAUGAAAAAUACAAUUUAGAGAAAAAGAAAUUGUUACCUCACACUCAAGAAAAAAAAAUGGCUUAUUCCCUUAUAAUUACAUCUCGUUAUUGAUUAAAAUUAUACUGUUAUUUAUGCUGGAAUAUAGAAAAGCUAACUUUAUGUAAAAUAUAUGGGUUAAAAGCUCUUUAAAUAUAACAGUCCUAUAACUUGGUAAAGAGGUGGCAUGUUCACAAUACAAAGUUUGUUUUAUUAACAACACAUUUCUUUAUAACCAACCUCCAAAUAGAGAGAAAGAGGUUUUAUGUUCAGCUCUAUGGGUGGGUUUUAGUAUUGGAAUGAGGUUUCACCCAAACUGUAUAUUAAAGCGACGUUUCACAGGUCUAGUGGUAUAGUUUUUGCUCUAUGGGGUAAAUCUAAUUUUAAAAUAAUCACAUUUUUAGAGUAUAGAAUGAUGUCAUAAAAAUCAAAUAUUUAUUUUAUUAUUUUGCUCAUAAAAAUUAAUAAAUAGUGUGCCUGUCACGCUUAUAAGUUUGACUGCUGAAUAUGUAAUAAAUAUUUAUAAACACUUCACAAGCAAUGUGAAUGUGCCAACUCGUGCCAAGUCCCAGUCGGAAUAGAAUUUAGACUAUAAUGGAAUAAGCCAGAUAAAAUAUAGUUAUCGUGUUUAAAAAUAUAUAAUAAUUUUAAGCUUACACUCCAAGUAACACUUUACUGUAUAAAUUGCAUAAUGCUCAAGUUAGGAUUAGUACACACUGGACGUAGAAACGCGCGAUACCAAACAGCGCGUUUUAAACGCCUCAUGUGUACAAGCCCUAACUCAAGCUCUAACCAGUGACCUUUGUUAUUACAAAUUAAGAAACCAAACCCAUUUUAUGCAAAUGCAAUUGCAGGUGUAUUUUAUAACAGGAAUUGGCCAAGCGCGAGUCGGGAUUUUAAUGUUUUAUCUAUGAAAUCUGUACUAUGAAAAUACUGCUUGGAAUAUUACAAGGCAUAGACAUUACAAUAGUUAUAAAAAAUUAACGUUUUACAAAUAAAUUUCUCCUGUUAACUAUUAUAUUUAACUCGUGCUUGGACAAAAUUACAUUUUUUCUUUUUGUAUUUUUUUUUUUGACAAUCGAUUUAAUAUUAAUGUUUACAUUCCGUUAAAUCUGUGAUUCUUGAGGUAUUUUUUGAACGCAGAGUUUUAAUUUUUUCAUCACUGCCGCGCAAAAACUAUAUAUUAACCUAGUCAAUAUUAAGACCUAUUCUUAUUACAAGAAUGACCAUGUUGUCAUUGUAAAAUGAACCUUAUUCGAAUAUUUUACAACUUAAAAUCAUCUUAACAAACUGCGUCAUCUGUUGUACAUACGGUCAUGAUAAUGUUGUACAUACGGUCGUUAUCCACUGAGUUGUCGUCACAGCUUCAGAAAAAAAAAAAGACGCGGUAAAGCUAUUGCAUAGCAUUUUGUAUCAACUUAUGCCUCAGACUAAAUACACAAGGACUAGUAUCGCACCCAAAUUCACUAACAAAAUUUUCUGCCAUUUUCUAAGGAAAACUAGCUUAGAUUUCAUACAUAUUUUAAACUAAACUAGCAGUUUUUGUUCGUUUUUUACACCAUAUAACUACAUAAAAAGGUAUUUUUACGGAGGUUUUUUUACCGACGGACACGAUUUUAAACUAUGAAACAUCGAUUCUUUAGCGACAGUGUUUAUAAUCGCUAAUAAUAUAAUAGAUCGUUGAUCAUAUACGUUGACAGAAAAAUAAUGUCUUGCGAGGCAGGUCUUUAUCUAAUUAGUCUGAGACUUAUGCAAUUAUAAUUAUUUAUUUUUUAUUUUAUUCAUGCACUAUUUCUUUUUCUUUGAUAUUAAUCCAAGUUACACUUUUUGAGCGUGGUGACCGGUAAGAAAACAAAUUUUUCUUUUAUUAAAUAAAUAAAAAGUUGAUAUUGUUUAAAAUAUUUUUAUUAUUUUACAAUACAUGUGGGUUAAUAAAUUUUAAUACAUGUGGGUUUUAUUAACCCACAUGUAAUGUCUAAUCGCACGCACACAACGCCGUGUCGAAGACUGCCGAACUGAAACGACGUUAGACAAUGCACGGCCUUCAAGCCACACCUCCGUGCCCGUCGGAGUGGGGAGCGUGAGGUUUUUUCGUUACGGAAUUUCUGGAUUCGGUAGCUUAAUAACAUUUACAAAUGUUUUACAUCUAUGAAAACAAACAUGAUAGUUUACUAUCUACUACAAAUUAAUAUCAAUUAAAUUGUCUAAUGAUGAAUUAGAAUUUUCAUUGUCUAAAUUCUAAUACCUUCUUUCUUUUGUAAAAAAAAAUUGUCCAUAUUAUUAUCAACAUUUCAUUCGCUAAUAUUACCCACGUCACUAACCGUAAAUCUAAUGAGUGCUUGUGGGAUGGAUAGCUUAGACUACUCAGAGGAUAGCAGUUUUACAUAAUAUAUUAUUCUGAAUCCGUGAUACAGAAUAUAUGACUUUAUGUUCAGACACUUAAGGUUCAUUUUACUUUGACUGAUUUGCGUUACACAAAAAAAAAUCGAAUAUAAUAUGUAUAUAUUUUUUACUUAUUUUCUCUGAUUCAAUGCACGUUAUUUGUGUUAGUGUUUAUAAAUUAGGAUAUUAUUAGGCUAGACCCAAUUACUUGUGUCCAGUGAAUUACUCGUAUGUACAUACAAAGUUAAGUCGUUCCAUUUUAUUUAAAUUAUUAUUUUAUUAUUAUUAUUAUUUAUUAAAUGAUUACGAAUAUAACUAUACAGUGUAGAUGAGACACAGAUUAUUAUUAUAAAUGAAAAAAAUAAGUCACUUAUCUCAAAAUUUCAAAUAAAACAAAGUUUUGUUUGUAUUAAAAUUGCCCUGCUUUGCUUUUCAAAGCUUGGGUUAACUAAGGAUGUUCUAAAAUAAUCAUUAUUUUAAAUACAACAACAUCUGUUCGAAAGUAGACAGAUGACAAAGAGCGUGUCUAAAACAAAACUGAAGUCAAACGGGAUCGAUUGAAUCAAUGUAAAACACACAUUCAGAAUGAUGUGUGUAAAGUCUUAUUAAUACAAUAUUUGUAGAUUUUCAUAAUCUGUGCUUCAUCUGCUGUAUAUUGUACUAUAUUAUAUCUAAUUUUAUUUAAUGGAAUUUGUCGUCAUCAAACAAAAUUGCUUACUUUUUUUUCGGUAGAAGGAUAUUCUUGACAGUUUUUUAUGAAACAAAAGUGUUAAGAUUUUAGAAAUUCACACACCAUCACCACCAUCCAUCCAUGACGUCAUUAAACGAGCUCGAAUAAAAUUCUAGUCUAUAGUCUAUAAGAAAUUAAUUUACGCUAUUUUGUUUGAUGACGUCAGCUAAUUCAUAACUACCUACCUGACGUUAUGUGGAAAAGUACAAGAUUUUGUUUUCAUUGUAAGAAUGUAAUUAAUUUCGUUGAUUUGAUAAAUUAAUUAAUUGUGAUCAAUUUUAUUUGUAUAUAAUUAGUUAUGUUCCUAACGAGCCAUGUUUAAUUGUUAAGUUUAUUUUUAAACAAAUUUUAGUUUUAUUAUUUAGUUUUUUUUUAUGUACUUUCUAUGAACUGCUGUCAGUUUUUUUUUAAUAAAUUCAGACAGAGGU